GAUCGCAAAAGUGCGAAGGAGCCGCAGCAACAGCAACAACAACAACAACAACAACAACAACAACAACCAUAGCCACCAACAAUGGCAACCAAAGUACUAUGAGCUCCAAUAAUUCAAAGCUGACGGCGCCAGAGAACGAAGGCCAACCAGUUGAGGCCGAAACCGAUGCAAAGCCAGCGGCUGGCAGCCAUGAGGAUUACCAUCCGCCCACAAGCUACCUGGAGACAAUUGUGCACCUGUUCAAGGGCAACAUCGGACCCGGACUCUUCGCCAUGGGCGAUGCCUUCAAGAACGGCGGCCUGAUCGUCGGCCCCGUGCUCACCGUUGUGAUUGCCGUGAUCUGCAUCCACUGCCAGCACGUGCUGAUCGCCUGCUCGAAGAAGAUGCGCGAUCUGCGCGGCGACGCCGUCUGCGCCGACUAUGCGGCGACUGUGGAGCAGUGCUUCGAGAAUGGGCCGAUCAAGCUGCGCGGCUGGUCGCGCACCAUGGGCCACCUGGUCGAUGUGUUCAUCUGUGUGACCCAGCUGGGCUUCUGCUGCAUCUACUUCGUGUUCAUCAGCACCAACGUGAAGCAGAUCCUGCAAGCGUACGGCAUUGACAUGGACGUGCAUCUGGUGAUGCUGCUGGCCCUCGCACCCGUGCUGCUCAGCUCCCUGAUAACGAACCUGAAGUGGCUGACACCGGUCUCGCUGUUCGCCAACGUGUGCAUGAUCCUGGGCCUGGCCAUCACCCUCUACUACGCCCUCAAGGACGGCCUGCCGGAGGUGACGGAACGCGCCUACUGGACGAACGGCUCCCAGCUGGCGCUCUUCUUCGGCACCGCCAUCUUUGCCUUCGAGGGCAUUGCCCUGGUGAUGCCCCUGAAGAAUGCCAUGCGCAAGCCGCGCCAGUUUGAGAGCACGCUGGGCGUCCUCAAUGUGGGCAUGUUUCUCGUCUCCGUCAUGUUCAUGUUCGCCGGAUCUGUGGGCUACAUGAAGUGGGGCGAGCAGGUCGGCGGCAGUCUGACCCUCAAUCUCGGCGAUACCAUCCUGGCCCAGUCGGUCAAAUUGAUGGUGUCCAUGGGCGUACUCCUCGGCUAUCCGCUGCAGUUCUUUGUCGCCGUGCAGAUCAUGUGGCCGAGCGCCAAGCAGGUGUGCGGCAUGGAGGGUCGUUCGCUGGCCGGGGAGCUCAUCUUCCGGAGUCUGCUGGUGCUCGUGACGUUGGCCAUAGCGGAGCUGGUGCCGGCCUUGGGGCUAUUCAUCUCCCUGAUUGGCGCUCUGUGCUCCACGGCUCUGGCGCUGGUCUUUCCGCCGGUCAUCGAGCUGAUCGCGUGCAGUGAACCGAACAAGGGGCCCGGCAUUUGGAUUUGCCUCAAGAACCUAAUCAUCCUGGUGCUGGCCCUGUUGGGCUUCUUCACCGGCUCCUACGAGAGCCUCAAGCAGAUUGUCAAACACUUUGGCGAGGAGGAGUUUCACUAGCGAGGCGACGCCCACUCAACCAGUGCCACAG